AUGAGCCUCAUGGUGAACCCGUUCUCCCCAGCUCCAGUAGGGCUCCCUGCACCAGUAGAUGAGCAUGCAGCAAGGCUCAGACUAUCAACCUACAAGCCACAAACAUCUGGAGAUCAGACAAGCAAAAUUCUUGAAAGCUUUCUCGACCAUCUACCUUACGAGGGAAAACAAAAUAUCAUACCUUUCAUUACAAACUGUGAUGAUGAUAAUCGUCUCUUUGAGCUUUCAGAGCACCUGCAAGCAACCAUUCUAACUAAACUGAGAGUACGAUUUACCCCGACAAUCACUCCAUCACCCCUUCCAGAAGCAGAAUAUCGAACCAUGGAAGUUGCAGCUCAUAUGAUUGCGCGUAGUCCACGAUACUCUCAAUCAAAGCUGAAGCAUGAUUGUUUCAAGAGAGAUAAUUACCGGUGUAUGAUCACCGGGGUAUAUGACUAUAGACACGCGCCUGGGAAUGUUCCAGACAGUAUAAUUCAAAAAACAGGCGCUACCGAUCUAGUUCACAUACUUCCCUUCGCUCUAGGCAAUUACCAAACUAAAAUUCAGGAACAACAAUUGGCUAGAGUAUGGGAGAGUCUAAACACCUGUUUCCCUGGCAUCCGCUCUCACACCAAUUUGUCUGCAGAUACGAUAAAUGACUAUAGCAAUUUGAUGACUCUUGAGGCUUCACUACAUACGGUAUUCGGCAACUUUGAGAUAGCUCUUGACCCAACGAGUGAGGAAAACAGCUAUCGGAUGAUGAUCUACCGUCCCAUUCCUACACUUCUGCUCGAGAUCCUUCCUCAGCCGAAUGAGAACAAUGAACGUAUCAUCAAGUUUGAGAAACAUGCCGACUACGAACUGCCUAAUCGCGUGUUACUCGGUACGCAUGCCGCAGUUGCGAAGAUACUACAUGCAACCGGAAUGGCCGAGACAAUUGAGAAGAUCUUGCGUGAUCGAGAAGAACUUCUCUUCCUUGCUGAAGAUGGAAGUACAGACUUAAAGCGGCUUUUAUUACUAGCAUAUUAA